AUGAAGCCAAGUGUGCAAAUAUUGGUUCUUUUGGGUCUUCUUUCCCCGCUGAUCGAGGCGCGUCUUUCGGGACUUCGUCGUGUCCAUGGCUCUGGUCGCAGUGCCCAGGAGGAACCACAGAUUGUGAUCUACUCAUCCCAGGGGGAACACAUCAAGCGAUCGGAUGAUGAAGAGGUUACCUUCCAGGAGCCACAAAUUCUCGAAGCAGAGCCCGAGGCAGAAAAGGACAGUCGCAAAGUCCCCGACUAUCUCUAUUCCAAUUCGAUUCCCAUGGUCAACGAUCAGAAUGUUAAGUAUGUGGUGCCCCAAGUGGCUGCCUAUCCCGUGGCCUAUGGCCCCUCCAUCAUCUCCAGUCAGAAUCAAAACAAAAACCGAAUCAGUCCGGGCCUGUCCUAUGUGAUGGUUCCACGUGUCCAGCUGGGCUUCAAUCUCCAAGGACAAUCGGGCUUCAAUUGGCCCAACCUGAAUCUUCUGAAUCCUUCGAAUGGCGACUCUGCUGCUGAGAAGGAGGAACCUUUGGGUCCCACUGCCUACAUACCCAUUCCUGUGCCUGGUCCUCCUGGUCCACCUGGGCCGCCUGGUCCUCCUGGCCAGCGAGGCCCUGUCGGACCCACGGGUCCACGUGGUCCACGCGGCCCCACUGGCGAAUCGGCUGUUCAUUCUCAGUCCCAGAAACCCUCACACAACACCCCGCAGAGCAUUUGGUACACGCAGACGAGCAACAAUCAUAAUAAUAAGCCACAAUAUGCUGAACACUUUUCGAAUGGCUAUCAAAGUUAA